GAGAGAAGGGGAAUGGGUGGAGACAGAAAUAGCAAAGAGUGAGAGAACAGGAGCAGGAGAAAGAGGCAGGGGUGAGAGUUAAAAACACGUGGGGGGGCAAAGGGGAGAACGAUCAUGGAGCUGCUCCUGUGGCUCUGGUCCCAGCUUCGAUCCUGCGGGAACAACCUCCCAGCACUGGGCAUAGCCCUCACAGUCUUCGCUCUGCUAUUUGAUUUCCUGAAGCGCAGGAAGAGCUGGAGUCGCUACCCACCAGGGCCGACCUCGCUGCCUUUCAUUGGGACCAUGCUGCAGAUCGAUUUCCACAACCCGCACCGCUCCUUUACCCAGCUGAGUAAAAAAUAUGGAAAUGUCUUUAGUCUUCAGAACUGCUGGAGUAAUAUGAUAGUAGUGAAUGGAUUCAAAGCAAUAAAGGAAGCAUUGGUCCAGAAAUCAGAGGACUUUGCUGACCGACCGUACUUUCCUAUACAUGAGCACUUGGGUUAUGGAGAGAACUCCGAAGGGGUGGUGCUUGCAAGAUAUGGUCAUGCCUGGAAGGUGCAAAGGAGAUUUGCACUCUCCACCUUGAAGAACUUUGGGAUGGGAAAGAAAUCCCUGGAGCAGCGUAUGACUGAGGAAGCUGGAUUUCUAUGCUCUGCGUUCUGUUCUAAACAAGGUCGUCCUUUUGAUCCACAUUUUCUUAUAAACAACGCAGUUAGCAAUGUGAUCUGCUCCCUCGUCUAUGGUGAGCGCUUUGACUAUGACAAUAAGGAAUUUCAGAGGAUGCUGCAUUUGUUUGAACAGGCCUUGAACGAAGAAGCUGGAUUCCUGCCCCAGCUCCUUCUCGUAGUACCUUGGCUGCUGCGCAUCCCUGGAGUGUCACAGAGCGUCUUCCGAUCCCAAAAGGAGAUCCUGAACUUCAUAGAUGAGCUUGUGAAGGAGCACAGGAUGACCUGGAAUCCUACCCAAAAGAGAGACUUCACUGAUGCUUUUCUACAAGAGCUAGAGAAGGCUAAAGAGCAUGCGGGGAGCAGUUUCAAUGAGAACAACCUUCGUAUGGUAACAAUUGACUUGUUUACGGCUGGCACUGAGACCACCUCCACCACCCUGCGCUGGGCAUUGCUGUACAUGCUUCUCCAUCCUGACAUCCAGUGUAAAGUCCAUGAGGAAAUUGAUAAGGUGAUUGGCAGGGACAGGUCACCCAAGAUGGAGGACCUAGCGAACAUGCCUUAUACCAAUGCUGUGAUCCGUGAAACUCAACGUUAUGGGGAUAUCACUCCUGUUGGCAUGCCUCACAUGACAUACCGGGACACCAAGCUCCAAGGCUUCUUCAUUCCAAAGGGGACGACAGUCAUCACUAACUUGUCCUCGGUGCUGAAGGAUGAAACGGUUUGGGAGAAGCCGCACCAGUUCUACCCGGAGCACUUCCUGGAUGCAGAUGGGCAGUUUGUGAAGCGAGAGGCCUUCCUACCUUUCUCUGCAGGUCGUCGUGCUUGCCUGGGGGAACAACUGGCCAGGAUGGAGCUUUUCCUCUUCUUCACCAGCCUCCUGCAGCAUUUCACCAUCAGUCUCCCUGAGGGCCAGGCCAGGCCUCGAGAGGAUGGACGCUUUGCUGCGACACUCACCCCACACCCCUACCAGAUCCAAGCUGUCCCAAGAUAACAGGAGUGCUACUUCAGAUGGAGGAGGAGGGCAACUUUAACCAUGAUUCCAGGGGCUACUUAGGCACCUGAAAAUUCUAGGGUUUUCUGCAGAUAAUAACUUGGAAAUUAGCUGAUAGGAGCACUGUAUCUAAUUCCUAUAUUAAAAUAAAG